GCGACACCCCAUCAGCCAUUGUACAAAGACCCUCUUAAUUGCUGUCCCUGAAGCAAACGCAUGAUCCUCCUGUUCCUAAGUCCAAGAAACACGCCCAUCUCAUCCACCAUGUCCUUUUCCACAAUCAUCCCCAACAUCUGGUUCGAGUCGAACGCAGAACAAGCCGUCCAAUUCUACACCACCGUCUUCCCCUCCAGCAGCAUAACCCACACCUACCGCUACACCUCCGCCGGUCAAGCUCAUCACAACAAGCCCGUUGGAUCUGUCAUGAUGCUCACCUUCAGCCUCGCCGGGCACCCUUUCGCUGCGAUCAACGGCGGUCCGGAACACUUCCAGGUACCCAAUGCAUCACCCACUUUCACUAUAGAGUGCGAGGAUCAAGCGGAGAUUGACUACUAUUGGGAAAAACUUGGGCAAGGGGGCGAUGAGGGCGCGAGGGCGUGUGGCUGGUUGAAGGAUAGAUGGGGUGUGAGUUGGCAGGUAGUGCCGCGGGCGUUGGAGGAGUGGGGAAGGGAUGGGGAUAAGGAGAAGGUACGAAGGGUCAUGGAGGCGAUGAUGGGGAUGGUGAAGUUGAAUAUUAGCGAGCUGGAGAGGGCUUUUGAGGGGGCGGCUUAG